UUUGAUUAUACUAUUGAAGCGGAGGCUUCAGACAAUACUUUGGGAGAUAUUUUCCCCAGUUUAAAUACAUUUAUACCUGAUUCGACCGACGGUUAGAAGGAGACUAAGCCAUUUCCGUAUAGCGAAAAAUGGCCACAGGAGCAAAUGCAACUCCUUUAGGGAAGUUGCACCCCAGCAUCGGAGCUAAACGAGGAUUUGACGCCGGGCCUGGUGCGGGUAACGGGCUGAUGCCAACGCCGGGGCCGCCUGCAGCUUUCCCCUCGAUACAAGCUUUUCAGCCCGCAAUGCCAAACGCAUCUUUUCCGCAGUUCAAUGCAGUGGCAGGUUUUGUGGCCCCGACUCCACAACAACCAGCGGUAGCGGCUGGACUGCCCAAACCAGUAGAUUUUGGUCAGAAGAAACAUAGAAAGAAAAGUCGCUGGAGCAGUGAGACGCCUGAUCAGAAGACAGUCAUACCGGGCAUGCCCACUGUCAUUCCCCCUGGACUGACCCGGGAUCAAGAGAGAGCCUAUAUAGUCCAACUGCAGAUUGAAGACCUGACUCGUAAACUGCGUACAGGAGACCUGGGAAUCCCUGUUAACCCUGAGGACAGGUCUCCCUCUCCCGAGCCCAUAUACAACAGCGAGGGCAAGAGGUUAAACACACGAGAGUAUCGUACGCGGAAGAAGAUCGAGGAGGAACGUCACUCCCUCAUCACUGAGAUGGUUGGACUCAACCCUGACUUCAAACCUCCUGCAGACUACAAGCCUCCAGCCACCAGAGUGAAUGACAAAGUCAUGAUUCCCCAAGAUGAAUAUCCCGAGAUCAACUUUGUUGGUUUGCUCAUUGGACCACGUGGUAACACUCUGAAGAACAUCGAGAAAGAAUGCUGCGCCAAGAUCAUGAUCCGCGGUAAAGGUUCCGUGAAAGAGGGGAAGGUUGGCCGAAAGGAUGGACAGAUGCUACCGGGCGAGGAUGAGCCUCUGCAUGCUCUGGUCACCGCCAACACCAUGGAGAAUGUCAAGAAAGCUGUGGAGCAGAUUCGUAACAUCCUGAAACAAGGCAUCGAGACGCCCGAGGAUCAGAACGAUCUACGUAAGAUGCAGCUGAGAGAACUGGCCAGACUCAAUGGCACAUUGAGAGAAGAUGACAACAGGAUCCUUCGACCCUGGCAGAACACUGAGCCCCGCAGCAUUACUAACACCACCCUCUGUACCAAAUGUGGUGGAGCAGGCCACAUCUCCUCUGACUGCAAAUACACCAGCUCAUUUGCCGCCCACAGAGCAACUGGUGGCGAGCCGCCUCAGUCGGCCCAGGACAAGGCUCGUAUGGACAAGGAGUAUCUGUCCCUCAUGGCUGAGCUGGGGGAGGCUCCGGUCCCCUCAUCAGCUGGAGGACACUCCAACAACCAGGGAGGAGGGCCUCGAGCCUCAGGCCCCAACAAUAACCAGCCACCACCGCAGAACCGGCCUCCUUGGAUGAGCUCUGGUCAGGAGAACAGGAACUUCCAUGGCAUGCACGGAGGCCCCGGUGGCCACGGAGGACCCCACAGCUUCCCUCCCCCCAUGCCCAACAUGGGAGGCCCUCCUAUGCCCCCCAACCCCAAUGGCCUGCCUCCCCCUUGGAUGCAGCCCCCUCCUCCCCCCAUGGGCCAGGGUCCAGGACCUCACGGACACCCCAUGGGUCUGCUGCCACCUCCGAUGGGCAUGAUGCCACCUCCACCCCCUCCCCCCAGCAGUCAGCCACCACCACCCCCUUCUGGACCCCUGCCACCAUGGCAGCAGCAGGCUCCACCUCCCCCUCCAACCAGCAGCAUGGCAACCAGCACACCACUGCCCUGGCAACAGAAUACUGCCACCACAUCCAGUCCUGGCACCGCCACCCUGCCUCCAUGGCAGCAGCCCCAGCAGACUGCAACCUCCGGAGCCCAGCCCCCACCUCCGAUGGGUACCCCAUCCAUGGUGCCGCCUCCCCCCGGAGUCCAGCCCCCGUUGCCCCCCGGCGCCCCUCCUCCUCCACCUCCACCACCUCCAGGCUCAACCGGCAUGAUGUACGCCCCACCGCCGCCCCCGCCACCAAUGGACCCUUCCAACUUCGUCACCAUGAUGGGGAUGGGGGUGCCAGGCAUGCCCCCCUUUGGCAUGCCCCCAGCCCCCCCACCUCCCCCACCCCAGAAUUAACCCUCCCACAGAAGAAUCGUCCUCCCACAAGAGUUUCUACCCCGCAGCACAUUGUUCACCACAUACCAAUAGACUGAUGUUAUAUACUCACAGAAGAAAUAUAACCAGUGCUUUAUUUUUUAUUGAUCCUUGAUAUUGUGAAGACAUCUCUCAAACAAUGAAAAGCUGUGUUGGUUCAAUUUGUAAAGUUGCGUAAAUUAAUGAGUUAUUUUCCUGUUUUUAAAGUCUGUAUUAAUACAAAGCUCAUAGUGUGCAAACAAACAGCUGCUGCUCUCGGGCACAUGUUCCGCAGCGCUACUGUAGCCUGUCAUAUUAUUUGUAUACCAAAUAAAAAAAGCUCCAAUCGGCAGCCGUAAGUUUAAUUUGUGCUGAACAGUCUCAUCGCUUCUAAUGUUUCAAUUCUAACAGGACCUCUGAUUGGAUUCAUACAUUACAAUACAAUCUGCAUGAUACAUUUUAAACACCAAAUUCAGUUUUUUCAAGUGACACAUUUCUACUCCUGUCAUGCUCCAGAUGUCCAGAUGUUGGCUUUGAGUUGAAUAAGAUGAAUAUUUUUGUAACAAUGAGAUGUGAAGUGUAUCUUAGUUCUGUCAAACCUUUUUGUAGUACUGUAUCAUUGUUUUCCAGAAAUUCCCAGGGGUUAUUGUUUUUUUUGUUUUUUUUUCUUUUCUUACAUGCAUGCUUCUCAGUUGUGAAAUUGAGUUUAAAAUGGGAGGGGAGGGGGGGUUUGACACUGAACCCCCUCCCUCCUCGGACUACUUGAAUGCUGAGAAUCUGACUUCUUUUUCUGCAUCUCUCUGCUCUGAUAAGACGCUGUGUGCAGUGUUUGUGUUGCUUCUACAAGGACAGAAAAAUAUCUGAUUUUUCCCUCCGGUUACUAAAGAAAAAAAAAAAGUUCUUAGUUCUCCUCUGUUCCUGCAGUUGUUGGUCUGUUUGUGUUAUGGCUCUAGCCUUGAAUGAAUAGCUGUUGAAAUCUUGCUUAGUUAGCAUUAAAAUGAUCCAUUUCACCUUUA